UAACAUUUAUCUUUUCUUUUCUCUCAAAACUGCAGUUCCCAGAGAGUUGGUGGACCUUCACUUGAAGCUGAUGAGAAAGAUUGGGAAGUCUGUCACAGCAGACAGAUGGGAAAAAUACUUGAUCAAGAUAUGCCAAGAGUUCAAUAGCACUUGGGCUUGGGAGAUGGAGAAGAAAGGAUACUUGGAAAUGAGCGUUGAGUGCAAACUCGGGAUUCUGAAGUACCUCUGUGAGUGUCAGUUUGAUGACAAUCUAAAAUUUAAGAAUAUUAUUAAUGAGGAUGAUGCCGACACUAUGCGCAUUCAGCCAAUUGGUCGUGACAAAGAUGGCUUAAUGUAUUGGUACCAGCUGGAUCAAGAGCAUAAUGUUAGGAUGUAUGUAGAAGAACAAGAUGACCAGGAUGGGUCUACGUGGAAAUGCAUUGUCAGAAGCCGAAAUGAUCUGGCUCAGACACUCGAGCUCCUGAAAGCACAAAUUGAUCCUGCACUGUUGAAAAACAACAACCAGCAGGACAGUUCAUCACGUGAAAGCCCAAGCCUAGAAGAUGAAGACCCCAAAAAGGAAGAAGAAACAUCUACCCCAGAAAAAGAAUUAAAAAUAAAAGAAGAAAAAAAGACAGUGGAGGAACAGUCAAAAGAAUUAGAAAGUCUUCCUCCACCUACUACCACAGAAGAUGGAAACAUAAUUAAAGUAGAGAAAGUAGAAGAAAAGGAAAUUAUAAAACUCCCGGUUAUCGUAAAACUAGAGAAAACCCCAGAAAACAAUGAGGAAAAGCAGAUUAUCAAAGAAGAAAGCGAUUCGUUUAAAGAAAAUGUCAAGCCUUUUAAAGCAGAAGUAAAGGAAAUGAAAGUAGACCCAAGGGAUUUAAGAGAAGUAAAAGGCAGCACAGAUAAAAUAGUUCAUGAACCUGAGAGAUUAGACUUUUGUGUCAAUGUCAGAACUCCCCAGGAAAUUGUGGAGAAAUCUGUGGAGGAAAGUGAGAAGCUGAAAAAUGACCAGCAGGCAAAGAUCCCGCUGAAGAAGCGGGAGAUCAAACUGACCGAUGACUAUGACAGCCCAAUCAAGGGCCCCUUGUGCAAAUGUGUUACUCCCCCAAAAGAGGUCUUGAAAGAGGAAGGGAAACCAGAAGAGGAGGCUUUUAAGCGCGUUCCUACUAUUACUGCAUUAUGUCCUGAUGGGAAAUUACUAGUCAAUGGAGAGGUUAGCUGUGAAAAAGCCCCAAAUGUCACCCACAAUAAUAAGUCAGAACACUCCAUCAGCAUGAAGGAAGAGAGCAGCAGCUCAUUAAAGGAGAAAAAUGGUAUAAGUGGGGAAAAAGUACCAGACUGUUUAAACUCUGUUUGCAGAAUUGUGAAAAUAUGUGAGGUUGAGAAAACUGUGAUGCCUGUGGGAAAAGAGGUAGCAACUACAAUCUCUGAGAUUGCUAGUCAGAAAGUGCCUUUAAAAGUGGAAUCUAGUCCUACGGAAAAGGAGGCCCUCGACAGUAUGACUUCUGAGAUAAUAGUGGAAGAGGCCUCAAAAACUGUAGACUACCCCAAAGGCCCUGAAGAGAAGCUAAUUUUGAAAAUUAAAAAGGACAGAAGACUUCCACUUAAGGACAGCUUAGAAAAACUUGAAAAGUCUAUGAAGACAUCCACUUCUAAAGAGCCACCCAAGGUUGAUGUACCAGGUGAUGAGGGUUUGAAAAGCAAAAAUGAACUGGAGAAGAAACCUAAUUCUUCCAGAGCUGCUGAAACACCUCCAUCAUCUACUUCUCCUGUUCUUUCAGGCAAGCCUGUUUCAGAACAAGAGGGCUCUGACUGUAAAAGCACACUCCCUUGUGACAGCAAAAUACAGGAAAAAUCAGACUGUGAAAAGCCAACAGAGGAAUCGGAAGUUUCCAUGUCAGAACCAGAUAAACUAGAUAACGCCCAAAUCUCUAAUGCAGAGGACACUUCGGAGACUGAAAAUGAACCUACAGCACAGAAAAGCAAAUUUAAAUAUAAACUGGUUUCUGAUGAGGAAGGCUGUAUUACAGAUAACAAGGAGAUAACCUCGGAGAGGCAGAAAGAAGGAAUUAAAUUAACAAUCAGGAUCUCUAGCAGAAAGAAAAAGCCUGAUCCACCCCCAGAGGAUGCCAAUGCUGGUCGUACGUUAAGGAGGAGUCCAAGAAUAUCUAAACCUACUCCAAAAAUUGUGGAGACUCGAGAUCUGAAACCUGACAAAAAACGAAUUGAAGAUGAUGAGGAAAAAAUGGCAGCAGGGCAGAAGCAGGACCGAAAAGAGGAUGUGAAAAAACAGGAGAAGGAGCCUAAUGCUAAAGUCAGCAAGGUCACACAGAAAAGCAAAGUUCGGUGGGCGGGUACACGAACGCGUGGGAAAUGGAGAUACUCAAGUAAUGACGAAAGCGAGGAAUCCGAGAACGAAGAAAACACAGAGGAGGGCUCAGUAGAGGAGGAGGAAGAGGAAGAAGAGGAACCUGCACCUGCAGAUGAUGAUGAACCAUGCAAGAAGUGUGGCCUUCCCAAUCAUCCUGAGCUAAUACUGUUGUGUGACUCUUGUGACAGCGGAUACCACACAGCCUGCCUUCGCCCCCCACUGAUGAUAAUCCCAGAUGGAGAAUGGUUCUGUCCACCUUGCCAGCAUAAAUUACUCUGUGAGAAAUUAGAAGAACAGCUGCAGGAUCUGGAUGUUGUCUUAAAAAAGAAGGAGCGUGCGGAGCGAAGGAAAGAGCGAUUGGUGUAUGUGGGCAUCAGCAUAGAGAAUAUCAUUCCACCACAAGAGCCAGAAAUACAACAAAGUCCGGAGGAAAAGAAGAAAGAUUCCAAAAAGCCAAAGUCAAAACUACUUGAAAGGAGGUCUACCAGAACCCGGAAAUGCAUAAGUUAUAGAUUCGAUGAAUUUGAUGAGGCAAUCGAUGAAGCAAUAGAAGAUGAUAUCAAGGAAGCUGAUGGGGGAGGUGGUGGCCGAGGCAAAGACAUGUCAAAUAUCACAGGUCACCGUGGAAAGGACAUUUCUACCAUCCUUGAGGAAGAAAGGAAAGAAAAUAAGCGGCCCCAGAGGGCUGCUGCAGCACGUCGCAAGAAACGACGGCGACUAAAUGACCUGGAUAGCGAUAGCAAUCUGGAUGAGGAGGAGAGUGAGGAUGAGUUCAGGAUCAGCGAUGGAUCUCAGGAUGAGUUUGUGGUAUCAGAGGAGAACUUAGAUGAGAGUGAAGAUGACCCACCGUCGAAUGACGACAGUGAUUCAGAGUUCUGCGCCCGCAGACCCAAGCGGCACCACUCCAGGCCGAUGAGACAAAGCAGGCGGUUACGAAGAAAAAGAGUCAGGAAAAACUAUUCAGAGGAUGAUGAGGAGGAAGAUUCUGAGGACAAUAUCAGUAGGGAGUCUGACAGCGGUGAUUAUACAGACUACAGUGACGAUGAUUACCUGGAAACUAGGCGGAGAAGAUCCAGGAGGAAUCAGAAGAGACAAGUGAACUAUAAGGAGGAUUCAGAAAGUGAUGGCUCACAGAAAAGUGUCCGAUAUGGAAAGGAGUUAAGACGAGUUCAUAAACGAAGGCUUUCUACUUCGGACAGUGAAGAGAGCUACCUGUCCAAGAACUCUGAAGACGACGAACCAGCAAAGAAAUCCAAGCGGUCGAUCCGAAAGCGCAGCCGGAGUACAGACGAAUAUUCGGAAGACGAGGAAGGGGAUGAGCAAGAGGAGGGGAGACCUGUCCGCAAGCGGCUGAAUCGAAUCGAGACAGACGAUGAAGAUAACUGCGACAGUGCUAACAAUGACGUGGAGAAGCCUGCUCCUGCUCAUAAGCUAUCGGUGCCACAUGCUCCUCACGACAGCAUCAAGAAGCCCUCCUACCGGAUAGAGAGUGACGAUGAAGAUGACUUUGAUAAUGUAGGAAAAGUAGAAAGCCCGUUGGACUACAGCCUAGUGGAUUUACCUUCCACCAAUGGACAAAGCCCAGGUAAAACAAUUGAGAACUUGAUUGGCAAACCAGGUGAGAAGACCCAAGCCCCCAAGGACAGCACAGCCAAUGCUAGCCUGGCACCCAAUGGGACAGGGAGUGGGCAGGAGGCAGUAGGUCCAGAGGAAGAGGAAGAUGAACUUUUGAGAGUGACUGACCUGGUUGAUUAUGUCUGUAACAGUGAACAGUUAUAAGACUUUCUUCCAUUUUUGUGCUAAUUUAUUCCACGGUAGCUCAUACCAGCGGGCCAGUUGUUAAAAGCUGUUUUAUUUUUCCUAGAAAAUUCUCCACUACAGUAUCACUUUUUAGAAGCAAGAAUUUCACCAGUCCUGCAGUCUUUCUGUGAAGUGACCAGUUUUGAACUUUGAAGAUAAAUUGCUGUAAAUUCCCUCUCAAUUUUUUUUUUUCCCUCUCCUUCCAAGUCCAUGGUCCUGGGUAAUUUCAUUCACCAAAACGUCACAGCAGCAAGAGAUUUGUAUAUUUUUGACUUUAUAUUUCCUGAGGGCAUACAAAUUUGUGGCAACGGGUGGCCUAAGAAAGCAUUCCAAACCCAUCAGGGCCCAAAGUGUAACGGGGCAGGGCUAGCGGGGAGGGAGGGGUCCUGGAAGCACUUGUGCUUUAGCUUUUUCAUAUGAGAUAUAUAUUCUAUUUAAAUGUUCACAACUUAGAUUACAGUUUAACAGACAGGUUCAGCAUUAACAUCUGUACUGUUCAUCUUGUGAGUUGUAAAUUAACAUACCAUAGCUCGUUUUAGUAAAUCACCUUCAUGAAAGCAGUUUGAUUUAAUACCGGAGGCAACCACGGUUAGAGGCCAAGAAAGUACCAUGAACACCAACUCUAGUAUCCAUUAUGACUUGCAGUUUCCUAAUAAACAUCCUUUAAAGUGUUUGUACAGUAAAGUGUACUGUAAUGAAGUUUUGACAGUUGAAACGUGCUAGCAAUGCAUUUACAAAGCUUUUCCACACGUAGUCCAUUAGAUGGCUUGUCACAUACGGUGUCUGAUGGAAGGAAAUAUCGAAAGGAUGUUUGUCUGUAAAGGGAAUAGCUUCAUUGGGGUGCUGUGCGCUUUUGCAGGCAACAGAACAAGUAACUGCCUGGCCUUUUGAGUUUUAUCUGUCCAAGUAUUUGGAAUGGAAUAUGUUUGUACAUACUGCAUUGACCACAGGAUUACGACACAUCUGAUGAUGGGGGGAUUUUCAAAUAAACCUUGACUGGUCCAUUCAUGUCCUAAAUAUCUACUUCAAAUUGAAGUAAACAAAUGGAGCAGUUUUCCUUUUGGAGGUUUUCUGUUUUGGGUGUGUGCGUGUGUUUGUUUUGAUUUACUUAUCUGCCUGGAUGUAUUAGCAGGUUUUGAAUGUAGUGUUGGCCUUUGGCCAUUAGAAUUUUCUUAAUAUACAUUUUAAUAAUUGUCACGUGACCAGCUGAUUUCAAGAAGGCAGUAUUUCUGGGAGAAAACACUUAAUUCCAAGGGCCGAUCAACUUUGGAGUGGACGUGCAGUGACAUGUGCUUGUAUUCAAGUGUAGAGACUUUAAAAAUCCUGGACAGCUUACGCAGCACAUAAUGAACAGCAGAGGUGCAGGUUGUUUGUGGUAAAAAUUGGCUUUCUCUUCACUCUACAAUAAGAUGCAGGCUGCGGUGCUUGAACAUGUUGCAGCACAGAGACGGCUCAAACCCAUCUGCCAAACAUUGAAAUCCAAUGAGGUCACAUCUGUUAAUCCUUUUGCUCUGAGAUUUGGAAUUUUUGUCUGGUGUUAUGUCCAUUGCCGGCAAUGGAUGCACCAGAUUUGCUGCUGGCACCAAGGAGUGAGUUCUCCUUCCCUGCCCCACCCAGCUCCCCAACAUAAUAUUGUAUUUCCUAGUCAGUCAGUAGUUAAGCACUUCUGUUUUAUUGUAAUAAAACUGGCAUUAGGCCUUUACAAAAUACCUCUCUAGAAAACCUAGAUCCAAAAAAACUUACCUUCUCGCCUUGAAAGUCUUGUUUUUGUUGCUGUUUUUGUUUCCCUCCUUUUCCAUGCGAGUUCUGUAGGACCCACUCCAUUCAUAUUAUUCAUUUGAAAUCGAGCGGUGCAUUUAUCCUUCUAUAAAACUAGAAUCGUCAGCAUUGCAAAAAGGUUUGGACCGAAUCAUUAUUUGCUGUGCUAAGCCAGGUUUCAGACCUAAAAAAAUUUUAAAAAAAUUCAGUUUCUAAAUGAGAGUUUGUUCGAUUUGAAUUAAACGCAGUGCUUUUUCCCAUCAUAUCAACUUGCUAACAGGUUAACGCAUUUCAUUAUCAGAUGUUAAAAAACAGGGUAGUGAAAAGCCACAGAAGUUUAGAAAGUGUUCUUAAAGCUUAUGUAGCAUUUUAAGCUACUGUAUAUGGGUUUUUUCCCUUUGCUUAGAUGAUGCAUAAAUGUAGCCCACCUACAUUUCUAACAUCCAUGCAUCUUAAAACAAGCCAGACCACUGGCUUCCUUUCUCCAGUUUUAGUCAUUGCUGAACGUGUUUGCUAUUUGCAGUGCAAACUGGCUAAUCACGUGUAGCAGCAUUCUGUGCGGCCAUGAUUUUUCAGUUGUUUGGGCAGUGCCAUAACCCUUUCACUGCUUGACUUUGCCUUUUGACAUCUGAUCAGUGCAGUAGCAAACAGUCUUGUUUGUAGAGUUCACGCUGACUUUCAGCUAUUUAGUGGGCAAGUCCUUUAAAUGUAGUAAAAAUGCAGAAGAGGUGGAAGGAUUGGAUACAGUACCUAGGAAGAAAAUCGGAUGCUGGCUCUUACUCAUGGGAGUGGUGUGAAAGCAAAAAGAUGUUAAAAAGGUCAAUUGGUACUAAUGCCUUAGCCGUGAAGCAGGAGACAGUGUGUGCAGACUGUAAUACUGUUCUUGAGUCUGAUUGCUCAUGCAGCCCUUUUAUAAAUCAGCCUUUCUGGUUGAUUUGAAGGUUUCUAGGGCUCCCUUGCAUAGCAGUGGGAAUCUUGUCCAAUUAAAUCCUGCAGAAUUUGGCUUAAAGAGGGGGCCUGAAUUUUCCCCCUCCUGUUGUGAAGAUGUUCUGUUUAAUGGGAAAUAUAUAACACCCCCUUGGAAGUCUGCAGUCCCCAUGAGCGCAGACCAGAAUAAUGGUGCAUUGUACGGGUAGCCACACCAGAUCACGUCCUACUGUAAUCAGUCAGGACUGAAGAGCAGUGCCUUUGGAUUGCUCCACAAUGAUUGCUCCCCUUCACUUCAGUUUAAGAAUCGCAAGAUCAAACAGCUUUACAAUCAACAUGGAAACUGGCCUUGAGGGUUUUUAACCAGCCAGCUAAAUAGAAAAGAAAUCAGCAGACAUGAGUCCUAUAAGUAAUCAAAUUAUUGCACAAACUGACAUGCAUCAGGAUGUUACUAACAGCUGGCAUACGGCAUUUGUUUUUAAUUGAACACUGUUUUAGAGCAGAGCUGAGUGGUAAGUUAGUUGAUUUUAAAGUGCAAUUUGGGUUUUAAGUGGGUUUGGGGGGGUGGGCUAUAAAUUAAGGGAGCAGGGGUGGGGGUGGCAAUUUUUAAUCCAUAUCACAAGGAUGAGAGACUGGUAUUUGCUGGCUUGCAAACAGCCGGUAUGGGCAUUGAGGACUUAAGUGCACUGUGGCUUUACUUCAUGCUAAAAGGAUGUGAUGCAAUAAACUAACCAAACUCAUAAUAUAAGACUUGUCUGUUAAAAAAAAUACAAAUUUAGAGGCAGGUGGCAUCUCUUGGUUCAAUGAUAAUUAUAGGAAGAUCAGUGCUAAACAGUUUAUCUCUUGGAGCAUCUGAUAGUUCAGAACUGCGGCCAUUAACUCACAUGCCAACACAAACAUGCCUUCCUGAUCCUGCAUCCAAAGCUUGCUCUGUUCUGAUGGCACAUAAGAACAGGGAUUUUUUUUUCUGAAUCAUGUGUUUAUCAGGUAUAUCACCUUCUUCAAAGCUUACUUAAGGUGCCUCAGUUGCUUUUAUGCUAAUUUGAUCUAACUGUUUAGCUCGGCUUCUCUUUUUCCAUUUCCUAUAUCUGAACUCCUCACAGGGACACCUUGUUAUUCAAAGAAUGUCACAGCAACAUAGAUGUUCAUAAAAGGGGCAAAACCCUCCCCCCAUAACCUUUGCAUGGUUGUGGUACAAUAUUUAUGAUUUAUCUUAACAUUUAUCAUUUGAACUACAUUACUAUCCAGAUCCAUUAUAGAGCUCUGUCUUCAGGCUCUUCCCACUUGGCCUUGAAUGCUCUUCAACAGGAAAGCUUGGCCCAAAAUAAAUGUUCACAGAUGUGUGUUAUUGAUGUGUAAGAUGCAGUGGGUGUCCUAGCGAUGUUUCUCUAUCAGAAUACGUCCAGUUCAUUGGGUAAAUAAAACCUUUUAAAUGGAUAUAUCAAAAUAUAAAACCUUACCUCCUUCUAGCAGCAACAAACCUCCAUUGAAGAAAUUGGUGGGGUGAGCCCCAGUAAUUCUUGUGGAAAAGCCCGGUCCCUUCCAUAGGGGACUGCUUCUGGGGAAGUCAUCGAGAUACUCAUUGGCAUAAGGGUGUAUGGACUCGCACUCCAAUUUCUUGGUACAAUCCAGGAGAUACUUGGUGCUGAUCUUACCUUGUGACUUGCACCCUUUUCUUGAGUGAGGCUAUGGGAUGUGGUUCUUAAGUCAUGGAAGCCAGGAAAGGAGAAGUUAUCAGAGAGAAGCCUUAAUGUUCAUUGAGCUCACUUUGGUCAUAUGUAUGGAACUAAUUUUUCAAAAAUGACUAAUGAUUUUGGAUGCCUCUGGUUCUGGGUAUUUGAUCCGAGAUGCAUAAAGGCAGUUGACUUCAGAAAUGGCAGAGCACCCACUUGCUGGAGAUUGGACCCCUCCAAGGAGCCUCACACUGGACACCCAGGAUAGGAGACACGGUGCAUCUACACAAGAUGCUAAAUGCUCAGUAGACUAAUUCUACUGCGCAUUAGCACAUCACAGCAAAAGCUGUGUAGUUGUGCUAAUGCGCAGUAGAAUUAGU